AUGAAGAUCAACAUGGCGGAAGGCGAUUACUUCAAUAUUGGGAGUACAAUCGCUUGUACUACCUGCCAUGGGCAAAAGAUCCAAGGGGAAGUGAUUGCAUUUGAUUACGGAUCAAGAAUGCUUGCUUUAAAAAUGCCUCCUACCAGCGGUAAACCAGGACAGAAUGAUGUACGACUCGUGAACUUGUCAUUUGUGAGUGACAUGAAUCUAAUCAAGGAAGGGCCACAGACUCCACCAGCGCUAUCAAAUCUAAACUUACACAAGCUACAGAGUCGGCUUCAGUCAAAUCUUCAAGAAAAACAGCGACAAAUUGACUACAUUGGUGUGGACGUCACUCCAGAAGGACAGAAUGUAUUUAAUGCAAUCACUAAAACAAUUAAAGAAGUGCAUUGGGAGGGUAAAACGAUAGUGGUGUUUGACCAAGUGACCAUAGUGCCACCGUACUGUGUGGAACAUGUCCGAUGUAGAGAGGGAACCCCUGCACAAGGUCAAACAAGCAGUCAGAAGGCACUCGAACAUGUCAGAAAGAUCGUUGAAAAAUAUUACAGAGAGUUAGAUACCGGUACCUUAAGCAGUUCACCACAAUAAGCUUAAGUGGUUAAAACAGAAGAGGCGAAACCUAUGUUGAAGAUCCUGAUCGAUGGUCCAGCGGCCCCCUGAAAUGAUCCCUUGGAUACAAGGAUGCUGGAGUUCAGUUUUAGCACAAGAAACAUCAAAUGCACGCGAAUGAUGGAAACAUCAUCGUCGAAUUACUACCGUACACGAAAAUGAAAGACAUUGUUGGACUAGUCUUGUUUUUGACUGGUUUGUUAUGAAUAUAAGAGGUACUGAGCCCAGAACAUUUUGAACUGCUGGUACCCGACUCAAUUGUGCUCAUCUCUACGAUCUUGUACAGAACAGUGUUACAGGCACACUUGAAUUGGGCUCACAUUCUCAAGUCCGGCCUGUAAAGCUACUGCAGCUAUACUGUACCAAUGUCGUGGUAACCGUGGCAACGUUGUGGUAACUACGGCGACCAAUAAUGUAACCAUGGGAACAGAAAGGGCAACGUAGGAUCAUUGUAGUUUGUUCCACGGCAACCGUGUGAACAUUGCAUGUGUUUGAUUACUGUGAAGAUGUUCACAAAGUUCUGGCAAGCCAGAAAUGAAACCAGCUUGGCAUUGACCUUCAUGGAAACUUUUGAAUCUCCUUGCAUAGUUUUAUAUGAAGGCCUCUGGUAGAGGCCAUUUUGUGGCUGUUCUGAAAGUCUUCUGCACCAUGUCGCUUCACAGGAGAGAGUAGGCCCAGGCAUGUUAGAGGGUAUGCCUGAGCUGGUGAGGUGGAUGCAAGGAAAGUUUUCACCCAAAAAUUGGAAUAGAGGGGGUGCCUACAAUUUUUAUGGUGGUGAUUGUGUGUGUGAAACACUAGUAUGAUUGUGAGAAUGCGUGAGUUUAUGUUUAUGUGUGUGAACAUGUCGUCGUGAAAUAUUUAAAUGUGGUUGAGCCAUUUGCAAUUUUUUAUUUGGGAUUGAAUAAUUUCCUUAAAAGUCAUCUAAGAUUCUUAUAUCUUAUAUGUAGGUGAAUCUUCUAUGAUUUUUCAGGAAAGUGAAAAUUUUUAUCUUAGAUUUUGCGACAAAAAGGGUUUAGACCUUUGUUCAAAAUUGGCAAAUGUAGUUGGGCUAAUUGUAGUUUUUUAUUUGGGACUGAAUUAUUUCCUCAAAGGUCAUCUAAGAUUCUUAAAUAUCAUGUGUGAAUCUUUUAUAAUAUUCCAGGAAAUUUAACAUUUUUAUCCCAGAUUUAGCGACAAAUAGGGUUGAAACCUUAAUCUGUGAUCUUUAAUAGCAGAAGGUCGAAUGCAAAUUAAACAGUUAAAUCCCUUGAUGUCUUGAUAGACAGAAUUUUCAGGAUUAGUCGACAGUAGUUGGCCUUUGUAAGUCUAUAAUCCUCUGUAUUUGCAGCACAAUUUGUCUAAAUUCAGUUCAUGUGGCAGAUUCAUUUGACCCUUUGACCCAAAAUGCGGUCUGUUGUUCUAAGUCCGAAAUCAUGAAAUUGAUAAUUGAAAUAAAUGGCCCUAAAUUCACCUUGAA